AAUUAUUGUACUCACGUUUCUUUUGAUAUGACACCCAAUUCGUGUAAACAAGUACGAAAUUCAAGAGAGGUAUUUCGUUUUUCAGAAUUCUCGAAAAAGUCCACGUUCUGCCAUAUUUCCUUAACCUGCCGUUAAUAUGAACAUUGCUGUGCUUUAGGCUUGUCUUGUGUUCUAAUUUGAAGGUCAAUGUCAUGUGUCAGAUCGGGCCAUGUGUAUUAGCUGUUGGUAGGCUCGGUAAACUGAAAGGUGGGAAACUGCGGAAGUAAUGAAUUAUUUACCGGGGACUGCGAGCCUUAUAGAAGAAAUAGACAAAAAGCUUUUGGUUGUAUUAAGAGAUGGAAGGACCCUGAUAGGAUACUUGAGAAGCAUAGAUCAGUUUGCCAAUCUGGUGUUGCACCGGACAAUUGAAAGAAUCCAUGUGGGAAAGAAAUAUGGGGAUAUUCCCAGAGGCAUUUUUGUUGUUAGAGGAGAGAAUGUAGUGCUUUUGGGAGAAAUAGAUAUGGAAAAAGAAGGUCAGCUUCCCCUGGAGGAAGUCAAGAUAGAGGAAAUACUUGCAAUGCAGCAAGAAGAACAAACUGUUAAAAAACAAGAGGAAGAAAAGAAAAAGAAAGCACUAGUAGAAAGGGGAAUACAACCUCAUGUUGAUCAAAUACAAGAAGAUUUUUAGCAUAUUAGUAUGUUGUACAACAUUCAAAGGAAUCUACAAAGAGGCAUAAUGUGUGUGACUGGUAAUAGAAUUGAGGGCUGUAUUUAUUUUCAUUUUUUAAUUUUUCAGCCAUUGUUUGCCAAGCCAUUGAGAGCACAAACAGCAGAGUCAGAUACGUACCUGAAAGUUAAUAUGUUUCUACAACAAUAUUAUUUGCAAUGAAUAAAGUCCAAAUCUUCAGUUACACUUAAUUCUGUCAAGAGCCCCAUAGAGGGAAUGUAUAUUUUUAAGUAUUCGCUAUAAAGCAAAGUAUGGGCGGAAUGAGCUCCAGUUUAGUUGUAAAAGAAAUAGUGGAUGUAUUUCUUUCUGAGAAGUUUCAUGUUGAACAGGCAAACAUCUUUGCAUAGAUUAUGUGUCAUUUUUAAGGAAAAUGGUGCAUAUGGAAGAAGUUUCAUUUUUCAUUGAUGAAACAACCUGUCUAUUAUGUCUUGUUUAUUUGAUAUUUAAGAAAA